UCAUUCCUCUCGUGCUUUGCAAAUUGUAGUUAAACUUCAUACGCUUCACUUGGUCUUCAGAGAAACAAAGAAUUGUUGUUGUGUGUUCUCUAGGUUGAAGUCUAUAUAAGAGCUUACAAGUCAAAUGGGUCUUUCUCUUUCUUUACUAUUAUCCGCAAGGAAUGAAAUCUUGAGGCUCAGGUUUUUCAAUUCUAUUGACUCUGUAAAAAGGGCUCUUCUAAGGUCCAUGAGCCUUGAAAAUGAGGGAAGAGAAACAAAGAGUUUCAACGAAGAUGGUUCAGUCUCCGUUGAUAAGCUUGAUGGUUCUGAUGCUACGAUAAUGGAGGGGUCAGAAAGUGUCAAGAGGAUGGAUUCUGAUGGACAAAAGUUUGAAUCAUCUGAUUCAUUUGGAAAUUCAGCUCAAGAGCAAAGGACUGGGAGUUCCCUCUCUUUGGAUGAUAAAGCUCAUCAAAGAAUCCAUAUAACCAAACCCACCCUAAAGGUCCCUGACCCAGUGAUAAUGUUUUCUCCAAGGCCUGCUAACGAGCUCGAUGCUGCUGCAACUAAGGUCCAAAAGGUCUACAAAAGUUAUAGGACUAGAAGGAAUCUAGCAGAUUGCGCAGUUGUGGUUGAAGAGCUCUGGUGGAAGACCUUAGAUUCCGCAGCACUCAAACAGUGUUCUGUAUCCUUCUAUGGCAUUGAGAAACAGGAAACUGCCACAUCGCGGUGGUUACGAGCUAGAACAAGGGCUGCCAAGGUAGGGAAGGGUCUGUCCAAGGAUGAGAAGGCUCAAAAACUAGCUCUUCAACAUUGGCUAGAAGCUAUUGAUCCACGCCAUCGUUAUGGACACAAUUUACACUUCUAUUAUGAUGCUUGGUCUGAAAGCAAGAGCGUACAACCUUUCUUCUACUGGUUGGAUAUUGGUGAUGGUAAAGAACUAAAUCUAGAGAAGUGCCCCAGGAUUAAUAUGCAACGUCAGUGUAUUAGCUAUCUUGGACCAAAAGAAAGGGAAGAAUAUGAAGUGAUUGUGGAAAGUGGAAGACUUGUUUACAAGCAAACUGGAAUUCUUCUCGACACUGAUGAGGGUUCUAAGUGGAUUUUUGUUCUGAGCACAUCCAGAGCCUUGUAUGUGGGACAGAAGAAGAAAGGUGUUUUUCAGCACUCAAGCUUCUUAUCCGGAGGAGCUACAACAGCUGCUGGAAGAUUGGUAGCUCAUCAAGGGGUUCUCGAGACUAUUUGGCCGUACAGUGGUCAUUACCUUCCAACUGAUGACAAUUUCAAGGAGUUCAUUGUUUUCCUUGGGGAACAUAAUGUGGACUUGACCAAUGUUAAGAGGUGUUCAAUAGAUGAUGAUGAAGGUUCAUUCAAAGUAACUGCUGACGGAUCCAAGCGUGAGGACACCAAAGAUCUGUCUACAAUAGCAACAUCAACAAACAAAAAUGCUGUGGAUUCCAAUGGUUCUAUCAACAAUGGAUGCAUCAGAACGGAUCAUACACAAGGCAGUAUAGGCAGCGAUGCAGCCAAUGCAGCCAAUUUUGAAGAACCAAUCUUCAGCAUGGCCAAGCGUUUGUCAUGCAAGUGGACCAGUGGAGUUGGUCCUCGUAUUGGGUGUGUUAAGGACUAUCCAGCAGAGCUGCAAUCCCGGGCACUUGAACAAGUCAAUCUAUCUCCUAAAGCCAUCCCUGGCACCUUUGGAAGCCCUGGUCCGAUCCCUUCACCACGACCUAGUCCGAUCCCUUCACCACGACCUAGUCCAAAAAUUCGAGUCUCUCCCAGGCUUUCAUACAUGGGACUUCCUAGUCCAAGGGCAUCAGCUACAGCUAGUUGUUAGAGUUGGGGACUACAUUCUGCAAGAUUAAAUAAAUUAGCAACAUCAGGCACUUCUUGUGCCCACAAUUUUGCGAUGUGAUAUAAGGUUUAGGGUCAAACAUCAUUCUUGUUUCUUUGCUCUUUUUUCAUUGGUUUAGCUAUUAGCUAAAUCAUGUUAUGUUUCCCCAAAACGUCAGUAGUUCCGUACGGAAAUGGUGAAUAUGUUGUUGCAUUGAGACAAUGAAUAAUACUAGUUCUU